AUGGCUAAAGUUAUCAAUGCAAGAAAAGCUGAUAAUGUAUUUGAAAAUACUUUUGUUACCCAACACAAAUCCACGUAUGCAACUAAAGAUCAUUUGGCAUUGUUAACUAAAAAAGCAGAAGUAUUUCUUUUCAAGAUAUUUGAAAACACUUAUCAAAAAUUGGGCCAAAGUUCUAUCAAGAAUACGAAAUACGACAAAUUUACUUUUCAACUAGCAUCAUUAAAUUUUGUCGUAAAUAAAAAACAAAUGCUAUUAGGAUUUAGCAGCGAUUACUUUCCAUCUUCCAAUACAUAUCCAACCAAUUCGAAUUUGGUAGAAUCUCUUAAAGCUGAUGAAACAAAUAAUCUAGAAGGUCAAAUAUUAAAUGAGAAUGAUAUAUUAGAAAAGCUAGAAAAAAAUAAGGAUGUAUUACCGCCAGUAGAACAAGCUUAUGUUAUAGCUCAUGAGAGAUUUUUGAAUCUGUAA